GUGGGGACGGUUGCAACAUGUGGCAGUUGCAACACUGAGGAUUCCUCCAAUCAGAAACGAGCUACAGUGAUGACACUCAUUUUGCACAUGCUCAGUGAGACCCUCUUUCUUCCUGCAACUUUUCAGCAAGAUUGGAGCAUCUGUUCUGGAAGAACCAGAAAUCAAGUAUGCCACGAAACAGAGAGCGAAAGACAGAUAGGGGUGUCCCUGUACAAGUGCUCCGUUUGGCGGCAGAGGUGAUCAGGAGUGAGGGCAGGUCAGCGAGGUCUGUGGCGAAGGAGUUUGAAAUCUGUCACACAACACUGUACCGAUUCUGCAAGAAAUUAGAGAGGGCAGGUCCAGGUGAAGAGAUCAGGACAGGAUACUGGACGCCAAGGAGGGUUUUUACAGCUGAACAGGAAGCUAUUUUGUCGAAUUACCUUAAGACAGCUGCAGAUAUGUUUUAUGGGCUGUGCACUAAAGAGGUUCGUCGUCUGGCUUAUCUGCUGGCUGUCAGGUAUGGAUGCCAAUACCCAGGGACAUGGGAUGAGCCAGGCCUGGCUGGCCGCGAUUGGUUGAUGGGCUUCCUACACCGCCAGCCAACCUUGUCAAUAAGGCGCCCCCAAGCCACCAGUCUUGCCCGUAAUAUACACUUCAAUAGGCACAAUGUGUCCUUGUUCUUCAAUAAUUUAGAUGAAGUCCUCCGAAAGAACAACUUCCAGGGAGAGGACAUAUGGAACAUGGAUGAGACUGGCAUUACCACUGUUCAGAGGCCAGAUCAGGUUGUCGCCAGGCGUGGAGACAGACAGGUGGGGUCAGCCACGUCGGGAGAAAGGGGGACCCUCGUGACAGUGGCAUGCGCCGGGAAUGCAUUGGGGAGCAUGAUUCCCCCAAUGUUUAUAUUCCCAAGGGUCAACUUCAAAGAUCACUUCAUUAGAGAUGGCCCACCAGGCUGCAUCGGUGUGGCAAACAAAUCAGGCUGGAUGGUGGAGGAACAUUUCAUCGAAUUCCUCCAUCAUUUCCAGCGCCACACACGAGCAUCAGUGAAUACGAAGGUCCUUCUGAUCUUAGACAACCACUCCUCUCACCUCUCUCUCAGGGCAAUUGAUUUUUCCCGUGCCAAUGGCAUUGUAAUGCUAUCCUUCCCACCCCACUGCUCACACAGGCUCCAACCACUGGACCGGAGUUUCUUUGGCCCUCUCAAAGGGAAAGUUAACUCCUUCUGUGACUCAUGGAUGAGAUCACACCCAGGCCUUCCGAUGACCAUUUAUGACAUCCCUGGAAUUGUUCGACUUGCCUUCCCCCUGGUCGGAACACCUGGCAAUGUCUCAGCAGGUUUCAUCACCACUGGAAUUUGGCCUUUCGACAGGCUGAAAUUCAGUGACGCUGAUUUCGCUCCAUCCAUGGUUACAGGCCGGCCUGAUCCUACAGUGCCACUGGGCCCGUCCAAUUCCCCCUCUACAGCUCCUCCAGUGCAAGGUGGUCUCCCCUCCUCUUCAGUGGCCCCUCCAGUUCCUGCCAGUGUGUCCUCCUCUUCAGUGGCCCCUCAAGUUCCUGCCAGUCUGUCCUCCUCUUCAGUGGCCCCUCAAGUUCCUGCCAUUCUCCCCUCCACCUCAGUGGCCCCUCCAGUUCCUGCCAGUGUGUCCUCCUCUUCAGUGGCCCCUCAAGUUCCUGCCAGUCAGUCCUCCUCCUCAGUGGCUUAUGAUAGGUAG